GAAAGUGAGAGACGCAACUGGAGUUGAUAUUAAUAUGUGUGUAGGAGUGCACUCUGGGAAUGUGCUUUGUGGUGUUAUUGGGCUACAGAAGUGGCAGUACGAUGUGUGGUCACACGACGUUACUCUGGCAAAUCACAUGGAAGCUGGAGGAGUCCCAGGCCGUGUUCACAUCACCUCAGUCACCUUGGCACAUUUGAAUGGAGCUUACAAAGUGGAAGAUGGGGAUGGAGAUGUGAGGGACCCAUAUCUGAAAGAGCAUAAUGUUAAGACUUACUUUGUAAUCAAUCCUAAGGGAGAGAAACGAAGCCCUCAGCACCACAUUAGACCUCGACAUACUCUUGAUGGAGCCAAAAUGAGAGCUUCUGUCCGCAUGACCCGGUACCUGGAAUCCUGGGGAGCAGCCAAGCCAUUUGCACACUUGCACCACAGGGACAGCAUGACCACUGAAAACGGCAAGAUUAGCACAACAGAUGUUCCCAUGGGACAAUAUCAUUUUCAGCGUUGCAGAGAGAGAACAAAGUCACAGAAAAGAAGGUUUGAGGAGGAACUGAAUGAGAGGAUGAUCCAGGCCAUUGAUGGAAUCAAUGCUCAAAAGCAAUGGCUUAAAUCUGAAGACAUUCAAAGAAUAUCACUUCUUUUCUAUAAUAAGACUCUGGAAAAAGAAUAUCGAGCAACUACUCUGCCUGCAUUUAAGUAUUAUGUGACUUGUGCCUGUCUCAUAUUCUUCUGCAUUUUUGUUGUACAGAUUCUGGUGUUGCCAAAAACAUCUAUUCUUGGAAUUUCAUUUGGGGCUGCAUUUCUCUUGCUUUCCUUCAUUUUGUUUAUCUGCUUUGCCGGACAGCUUUUGCGAUGUAGCAAGAAAGCAUCGGCUUCAUUGUUGUGGAUCCUGAAAUCGUCUGGAAUAAUUGCAAACCGUCCUUGGCCACGGAUCACUCUUACAUUGACGACCACUGUUAUAAUAUUAACUAUGGCUGUAUUCAACAUG